AUGGCGACCCCUCGGCCUGAGGGUGUGGGUACGGCUCUCUGGGCGCAUUUGGAAGCCCCCGCCCGCCUCCUGCUCCAGGCGCUGCAGGCGGGGCCGGAGGGGACGAAGGGCGGCCUCAGGGUGCUGCGGGCCCUGAGCAAUCGAGGCCGGGAGCCCUUUAGCUGGGACCGCUUCCUCGCGUCGUUGUGCCAGGAGGAGCCGGUUUUGGAGGGGCCAGACUGCCGCCUGGUACUGAAACCACUGCUGCUGCGAUUGCCCCUGGUAUGCCAGAGGAACCUGAUGUCCCUGCUGAUGGCUGUCCAGCCAUCACUGCCUGAAAGCAGGCUCCUCCCUGUUCUACAGAUUGCCCAGCAGGACCCAGACCCUGGCUCCUGGCUACGAGCCAUAGGGGAAUUGCUGCAGAGGGAUCUGAGACUUGGGGUCUCCGCUGAGGGAUCAUCUCCACUGUCCAAAAGCUGCCAGAGACAGCUCCAAAGCCUGUGUAUGCAGCUGGGCCAGGGGGGCAGGAGGUUGAAGUUGCUUCAGACUCCAGACCCCGAAAAGGAAAAAGUGGAGGAGGAAGACAAGGACUCCCAGCAGCUUGGGAAACGCAGAAAGGAGCCUGAGGAGGAACCUGCCAGUCCUGAGAGGGAGAGGGUCCCCAAAAGACUCCGAUGUUUGGAAAGGGAGGAGGAGGAAGAUUCCGAGGAGGAGGGUUGUGAACAUGAAUCAUUGGAAUCCCUGGCAGAUGGAGGAGGUGCAUCACCCACUAAGAACCAGUCUGCCGUGGGGGCUGAGACUGAUGAAGCUGGUCAGAAUCUGGAGGGUGCCAAGGACCUAGUUGAGAGUUUGGAGUUGCCCAAAGUUGUCCAGGACCAACUUCUCAAGCUACAGCAGCUGCUGACGACCUCUGGGGAGGGGUUGGAGGGUGCCCCAUUGGUUGAGCUGCAGCUUCUCCACGAAUGCAGUCCCAGCCAGGUGGACCUGCUGUGUGCCCAGCUGCGGCUCCCUCAGCUCUCAGACACAAGUCUCCAGCAGCUCUGCUCUUGGCUGCUGGCCCUGUCACCACACCUCAGCUUCAGCAAUGCUACUGUGCUGACCAGGAACCUCUUUCUUGGUCGAAUCCUCUCCCUGACUUCCUCAGCUUCCCGCCUGCUCAUGACUGCCCUGACUUCCUUCUGUGCCAAGUAUACCUACCCCGUCUGCAAAGCCCUCCUUGGCCCUGUGCUCCAGGCCCCAGGCAUAGGUCCAGCCCAAACAGAGUUGCUGUGCUGCCUUAUGAAGGCUCUGGAGCCAGAAACGCAGGUUCUAAUGCUGGGACAGAUCUUGGAGCUGCCCUGGAAGGAGGAGACUUUUUUGGUGCUGCAGUCACUCCUGGAGCAGCAGGUGGAGAUGACCCCUGAGAAGUUCAGUGUCCUGAUGGAGAAGCUUUGUGAAGAGGGACCGGCAGCUGUCACAUCCAUGGCCUAUUCCAAGCUCAUGCUGACAGUGAUGACUAAGUACCAGGCCAGUAUCACUGAGACUCAGAGGCUGGGGCUGGCCAAGGCCUUAGAGCUCAACACCACCUUCCUGAAGAAGUCACUGCAGGCCGCUCUAAGACAUCUGACCUCUUGA